AUGGCGACGACACAUAAACGGACGCGUACUGGAUGCUGGACCUGCAGGGAAGCUGGGUACAAGUGCGACGAGCAGAAGCCUUGCUGUCAGAGAUGCACCAGACUGAAGAUUACCUGCAAAGGCUAUGGCAUCAAACUCAGGUGGCAAGAUGCGCCUAUCGGUACGGUGGUCAGGAAAGCUCGGAAUCAUAGGAAGAAACAGGUGGUGGAGUCUGUGUCGACCCCGGCGAGUAUGGUCAGUGAUUCAUCGGGGUCGUCCUCGUUCGCAAGUCCGCCUACUACGCUUCAAUCGCCUGCAUCUAUCCUGAACGUUCCACGCACGUCAGUCCAUAUCACAGGCCUUGGUCCGGAUUCGUCUGCAAGCGACAGGAGAUUGCUGAACUACUGGGUCGAACACCUCUCUUCUUUAAUUUCCAUCGCCCCGAGACAUGGCCAGCCGACACCGUUUCAGCUACAUCUGACAUCGAUGGCGCACGAUUCGGCGGCUCUUCGAUCCACGGUUCUAUCCAUGGCAGCCAACCACCUCGCGCUGCAGACAUCCGAACCAUCUUUGCGCGUCCAGGCUUAUCGACAUCAGCAAGAUGCCAUACACCUGCUACAAAAGCUUAUUCAGGACCCUCGCCAGGCGCACUCUGAGCCCGCGCUUGCCACAGUACUGAUGAUGCAAGUUUCGGCGCGUCUCUUUGGCGAAGACGACGAGGCGAGUGUGGUCAACCAUUUGAUGGGAGCCAAAGCCAUGAUCACGAGACGUGGAGUGGAUGAGAGGCUCGACUCGUCAAGUGCACGCUUUCUCCUGAGUCUGUUCGCCUACCAUGAUAUCCUUUCAUCCAUCUCACGAGGACAUCGGCCGCUAUUCGACCACGAAGCAGACUUCAAGGCAGUGGAGGGCGUCGAAGAGAUGCAGAGCAUUGCCGAAGUCCUCCUGAUAGUUGCGGGAACGAGCCAGCUGCAACACGCAAUCAAAGUCAGGCGAGAAGCUGGCGGAGACGACCCACUCACCGAAGACGAAGACGCCACUGGCCGACAUGUCCAGCAGAAGCUGCUAGCCAUGCGCUUGGACGCGCAGCGGAACCGCCCACACGGCAGCUCCGACAUACGCUGCACAGCCGAGGCAUACCGCCACGCAGCGUUCAUCUACCUCUACCGGACGUGGCUCGGCGUCGGGGCCCCGAACCCCAUCAGCGUCGAGCACAUCCAACACUGCCUGGCGUACCUAUCCCGAGUCGACGCCAGCUCCCCGCUCACCUCAUCGCACGUCUGGCCGUUGUUCACAGCGGGCUGCGAGGUCAUUGACGGCGCGCAGCGGCAGUUUGUGCGCGACAGGUUCCAGGACAUGUAUGCAUCGAAGCUGUUCCCGAGCUGGAACAGGGUUAUGCGGGACGUGGAGGAUGUGUGGGCAGCCAAGGACGAGGAGGAGCGGAUGAAAGGGCAGGAUGGGAUGGCCAAGGUGGAUUGCAUCCAGGUCAUCCUGAGACGAAGGGGGAGGGAGGUUGAUCUGGCGUAG